AUGAAUAUACAGAAGUGUACUGGAGCAGCAAUCACUGCUCUAGGCGCAGCGAUUUCAAUGAUAUUGGAGAAUCCAGAAGACGGAUUAGAUCAAGAGAAAUUUUCUGAUCAUCUGAGCCAUGUUGGACAAUUAUUGACAGACAUUUUCCAUCAACAGUCAGUCGCAAGAAAGUCCUUCAUCACUCCUCUAUUAAAUAAAUCGCUUAAACCAACGUUAGAUACAACUAUUUCGGACGAAUGGUUGUAUUCAGAAAAAUUUAGAGAACUGGUUAAAGAAGCAAAGACAAUAGAAAAAGCGAUAACAG